CCAUACUCAAAUAAUUGGAAUAAUGGAACUUUCAUAAAUACCUUUUAUAAAAUUGAUGUAACUUCUUAUCCAGUUUCAAUUUCGACUGUUAUAUCCACAGGCACUACACCAAGUGUACGUUGUUCUGUUAGUUCGAUUUUUGAUGACACAGGAAAACUUUAUAUCUGGGGUGGAGUAGCCUAUGUAGUAGAUCAAGCCAUGUAUAUAUUUGACACAUUUACGUCAACAUGGAGCAGAAUUCUUCCUUCUUAUGUCCCUGUGCAAAGAUGGGGAUAUUCAGUGACUUUAAAGGAUGGUAAAAUUUAUUAUAUUGGCGGUGUUAUUGAAGGACUCCCCAACAUAAAAUCUGCCGAUAUUCGCGAGAUUUUGAUAUAUGAUACUCUUAAUGCUGAUAAUAAUCCAUGGACUAUAAAGAAUGCGACAUAUAAUUCAAACAUAAAUGAUCGUUAUCGCCACUCCGCAGUUCUUGCGCCCAAUAAUCAAAGCAUCAUCCUAUAUGGAGGUUCGAUGUCAAAUGCUUCAGGAGUUCCGCCUGAUUAUUUGAUUACUUUAGACUUGCAAACAUUUGAAAUUUCAGAGCUGGUAACUAAAAACGGGCCUAAUAUUGUUGAUGUGCCUGCUUAUUUUACCUCCGUUAUAUAUAAUAAUUAUAUGAUCGCAUACCUGGGAUAUUUUAAAACUGCAAAUCCUUAUAGACAAGCUAUCAAAAUCUUGGAUUUAUCGCAGACAACAUAUACAUGGGUUGAUAAAUUUAUCGCAACUCCAAGCACAUCAUCAAGUUCGCCCGCACGAAGCACAUCAACAAGUUCACCUGUACCAUUGCCUGAUGAUAGUAAUAACAAUAAAAAAACGAUAGUCAUUGUUUCCACGGUUGGAUCAAUUGUUGUGGUUUUACUCGCGAGUUUCAUAGUCUUCAUAUUAUGCAAUCGAAAAAGAAAACAAAAACAAGCAACAAAUACUGCUAGCAACACUGGACUGCCUGUUCAAGUCAAUCCAGCAAUGCAUAACAACUCGAAUAAUCAAAAUACAAUAUCGCAGGUUCCGUUCAAUCAAAAUCAAUUUAAUAAUGAUACUUUAACAAGUAACUUUGCUCAAAAUAACUUUACAGACCAUCGUGCUUCUUUAGCUUUUAAGCCUGAUUCAUAG